AUGAGAAUCAAUCAUCAGCAGCAGCACAAUACUCAUCACAACAUAAAUCAUCAUCCCCAACAACAUCAGCAACAACAUUCUAAACAUUCUUUAGCAGCAUCGGAAUCACAAAUAACGCAUCCAGUGGAAAGUGUACAAGGAUAUGUGCUAUUUAUUAAUAAUAUUGAUAGAAAUAUUGAUGCAGAAACUCUCACGGAUACAUUAUCAGACUUUGGACAAGUUAUUAGUUUGCAUUAUGAACUUUCGAGAAGGACAGGAUUACCAAUCGGAUUGGCUCUUGUAAAAUAUGCAAAUUUAGAUCAAGCUAGGGAAGCUCUUGAGGGAUUACGUGGGAAAAGAUUAGGAAGUAAAGUUUUACAAUGUGAUUGGUGUUUUAAACAUCCACCACAGGUUUCUGAAGAAAAUCAAGAAGAAGAAAAAUCAACAAUAAUUGAAUCUACUAAUUUAUCAAAUGAAGAACAAGAUCAUUCAGAAGAUAAGAGAAAACGGGAGGAUCAACAACAAUUAACAACAGAUAAUACAGAACCUCCUCUUAAAAAAACAUUCGAAGAUGCUGAAGAAUGGAUUGAAGAAGAAAGAUUUUUAUUAGAAUUACAACAGGCAGGAUACAAAGGAGGUCCAAAUCCACCUAUUAUUGAUAAGGAAGAUGCUGAAAGAAUUACAAAGGAAUUUAAGGAAAAAUUCCCAGAUGAAGUUAUUAAAACUGAAGAUGAAAUUAAGGAGAAAUUGGAAAAGAUUGAAAAGAAAAAACAAGAAAGACUUGAAGGUCGUAAGAAACCAGAAGAAACUGAAAAGGAAACUAAAGUUUCAUUCGAAAUAAAAGAGGAAACCCAAGCUGAGGAAGAACCUCAAUAUGGUGACAAUAAUUAUCAACAAGAUGCACCAGAAGAAGAAGAGGAAGAGGAAGAGGAAGAAUAUGUUCGUAAAUAUGAUCCAAAUCGUGACUCUGAUGAUGAAUAUUAUUAA